CUGUCCCCGGUGAUUGGCCGGCAGCGGCUGCAGGUCACAGCGGAGGAGGAGGAGGCGGCUCCUGUGUGUGUAGCUCUCAGCUGGGCUGCUGUUGCUGCUGAGGGGAGGGAGCUGGGAACACAACAGCAGCGGUGGUGGUGGCGGCGGCGGCGGUGGUAACAGCAGCAGCCUCCCCAGCACACAUCUCCGGCAGCAGCCUCCUUCCCGGCACUAAGCGGUGACUCUGCUCUCUCCCGGCACUGAUGUGCCGCACACCCGCGCUCUGCUGCUAGAGCCGCCCGUGCCCCCACACCUGCCCAGGAAUGAGAAAGCGAGCCGAGCCUGGGCACCGGGAACAUGACAGCUUCGGUGCCGCCCCACUGGACAGGGAGUGCCGCCUUAAGAACCUGAGGAUACCGGGGAGCAAGGGCACAAAGGGGCACUAUCCUCAGGACUCUGACUGCGACAGCAAAGGCAUGAAGAGGUUCAGCAGUUGUCCUUCUCAUGACCUCUACACAAGAUACAGCAACCCCACCCGAACAACCCCCACCACCACCACCAUCUGUGAUAUCCUCCAUUUGCUCCCACCUACAAGACUUCUACUGUGCUGCUCCCCAUCUAUGGAAUACCCUCCACCAAACUCCACAUCCAUCAGGCGCUAUGGCUUGUGGUCCCGAUUCCGAAUGUUUCUAAUUGCACUAGUUGGCCUGUAUAUAGCCAUUCCAUUCCUUGUGAAGAUAUGUCCUGCAAUACAAGCUCAGCUGGUCUUUUUAAAUUUAGUGAGGUUUCCAUAUUUUAUUGACCUGAAGAGGCCACAAGAUCAAGGGUUAAAUCACACAUGCAAUUUCUACUUGCAGCCUGAGGAGGAUGCAUCUAUUGGUGUCUGGCACACCCUUCCCGCAGUCCUGUGGAAGGAGGCUCAGGGAAAGGACCAAGCCUGGUACGAGGAAGUGAUGUCUACAAACUAUCCUGUAGUUCUUUACUUACACGGGAAUGCAGGAACUCGCGGAGGUGAUCACAGAGUACAGCUAUAUAAGGUCCUCAGCUCAAUGGGCUAUCAUGUCAUUUCUUUUGACUACAGAGGAUGGGGUGACUCUGUUGGCUCACCGUCAGAGACUGGUAUGACCUAUGAUGCCCUUCAUGUCUUUGAUUGGAUAAAGGCCAGAAGUGGAGACAACCCAGUUUACAUCUGGGGACACUCGUUGGGCACUGGGGUUGCUACAAAUUUGGUCAGGAGGCUGUGUGAAAGAGAAACACCGCCUGAUUCUCUAAUACUGGAGUCACCAUUUACAAACAUUCGCGAGGAGGCGAAAAGUCAUCCAUUUUCUGUGAUUUACAGGUACUUUCCUGGCUUUGACUGGUUCUUCCUUGAUCCCAUCACAGCAAGUGGUAUAAAAUUUGCCAAUGAUGAAAAUGUGAAAUACAUUUCCUGCCCGCUGCUCAUUCUACAUGCAGAAGAUGACCCUGUGAUCCCAUUCCAUCUAGGACGGAAGCUUUACAACAUUGCCGCCCCAGCACGAAGCUUCCGGGAUUUUAAAGUGCAGUUUGUCCCUUUCCAUAAAGAUCUUGGCUACAGGCACAAGUACAUAUACAGAAGCCCAGAACUGCGGCAGAUACUGAGAGACUUCUUUGGCAGCACGGAGCAGCAAUAGAACCACUACAGGCUGACAGUCAGAAUGUUCCUGCGCGAUUUUAGGGCUGAGCAAUAUGAUCCUUGUGUUUCCCUAAAGAAGCAGGCGAUUCAGCGUAACUGUUCCAGUUCUUGCCCACACUUUCACACGGGAUAUAAUCCAUUCCAGGGUCACUGGGUAAAACAAUCAGACCAGCGUGACUUGUGUUUUAUUUAUCUUUUUAAGUUUUGCCUGCAAUCGUCAGACUGUGCUGGGACUUACACUGUAUGUCACGAGCUGCUAACGCAUAACCAGAAAAUCUGACGAAGAAAUAUCCAAAAGGCCAAACUGGCGGUACGUGGGUGGUCCGUUACUUUAAACCUCGGAGGUCUCACUGCGGAAGGACUCGAACGUCCUGAAGUUGCUGUUCGUGAGCAAGUUUGUUGUCUUACUUGAUGAUAAUUAGGAGAGCUACUGUUUCUCACAUGAGAAGUUAGGUUCAGCAGGCACUAUCAGCGCAAUAAGUUUAGAGGUUCUGUAUGUUACUGUGAUUUAUAAUGGCCAGUCUCUUUUCUAUUUGCUAUCAGUAAGUACUUCCUCUGACCAGGUAGUGUGCUGAGAAUAGGGGGGAUGUUUUGUACAGUGCCUGCUGCUUGCACAGUAUGCAUAAUCCAGACUAAGAAUAAUAAACAGCACAUUACGUCUUAAAGCCUUGUUACACAUGGGUGUUAUUAUCAGACGCUCAAUGCGUGAUUGUAAAGCCUCCUACUUUGAAGUUGACAGUCUAGAAAGAAUACUGGAGAAGUGGGCACAGGCGUUAUGUGCUUGGCAUUUGUUACUUCCAUCAUUACCAGUCGCACUUGUCUCUUAGUGCACUACCCAGCAGCGAGGUUCCGAGUACACGCCUUGAAAGCCCUGUUGAAAAUGAGGAUAACAGAAGUCUAGUUUUUAUAUAUUUUUUUCCCCCCAUUGUUGUUAUUAUAACACCUGUAUGUUUGAGGCCUCAGGUGACAAACUCAUAGUGCUGAAAUGUUCAUUGGUUUACUUCUACUAUUCUGGGUGUGGUUAUAUUUGGAUUUCUUACACAGUUUAGCUAUUUGUGUAUUAUAUGGGUUUAUGUGGAAAAAUUCUGCUCAUAUCCGUCUCCAAGUUUAUCAAAUCUGGGGGUAUAUGUAAUAGAGUCAGAGAUUGCCGGAAGUGCAGGAUGCUGGACGAUCUCGGAUAGGGCGAUUCUCCGUGAUGCACGGGACAGCUACACAAAUUCAAAUGACAUACUUCUCCAAAAUGCCAAGAUUUAAGUGGGUCUUAAGUUAUACGGUAAGGCAUUGCUACUAAGCAAUUAAGUUUUUAUAUAACAAUAAUUUCUAAACAGACCAGUUUAAAAGGAAACAUUUUUAAAAGUGUGUGAUGCACAGGACUUUAUGUUCACUUCUGAAGAAUCACCCGAUAUUGUUUAAAGCGGAAACCAUUUACAAGGCAUGGUUUUGCCUUGUAAAUCUGCCGGCAUCUUGCACCUCCGGCAAUUUUGGACCUUAUUACAUAUGCGCAUAUUAAAAAGAGCUGUAUGAUUAAUACAUAGAAGUGAUGGAUACAAAACAGAUGGCUGGAAAGCAGGCACACACUGCUUCUUCCCAUAGUCUCCUUUGUAUGACUUGCUAUAAUAGGCUCAAGCACACAGGUCUAUCACUCCAUAUUGCACUGCCCUCCCUGAUCGUUAUAGACUGUAUAAUAUACUUUUGUUCUCUCGACCUUGGCACUCCAGCUACUGCAUAACCUAUGCUGUACAUAAUGGAUUGUAUUAGAAGAGGGAUUGGCAGUAACUGUCAGAACUACAUCUGCCACAAUGCGUAAUUAGGCAGAUGCCACAGAUUGCAUCGUUGCAGUGCUGAAAGUGGUCAGUCCCUUUGGCAUAUUUACUGCAUCAAAUAUGAUGUUAUCAGAACAUUUACAGGUCUUACAUUUUUAAAGAUAAUGUUAUUUGCUACUGUAUACAUAACUACUAGAAAGUGAAUAUUUAAGAUGCAAAAAAAUGUAGUAUGGCUUUACAUGGAAAAUGUGCAGUCUGCAUUAUUUCUGGAAUUUUAAAUUGGUUCCACUGUGAUAGGAUUUGGAAAAAUCCAUGUGCAUUCGAAAAAAUUUAAAAAAAACAAACAAUUUUUUUUUGUCAUACCAUAGUUUGUACAGUAUCAAUCGGUGCAGGAGGAACAGAUUUGUGGGAUCUGGGUGGUCGUGAGUGAUACUACUACUCGAACAGGGCACUGUGACAUCCCACACAACCUUUUCCCCCUUCUACCAACAUUCUGAAAUAGAGAUGAUGGUUUUUGGAAGAACCGCAAAGAUGUUUACCUAAAAGUUACUUUGGCUAUUUUAAGAAAAAUAAGUAAAUCUUCUGUUUUAGGUUACUGUUUAAUAUAUAGUGUACCAAGAACUUUCAUAUCACGUCUUAAGUACCGGUAUAUUAUUUUGAAAUCCCUUUGAGUCAAAAAUACAGCCAACAGUAGAGAAAUAAAAAGAAGGGAUUUAUUGUUCAUUACAAAAUUAAAGUAUUGUAUACUUAGGUUAGAUAACUAUGGGUAUACUUAGGUUAGAUAACUAUGGGUAUACUUAGGUUAGAUAACUAUGGGUAUACUUAGGUUAGAUAACUAUGGGUGUACUUAGGUUAGAUGAAAGUUAAGAACACCUGUUAUGUAAUCUUUAGACACGUGUGUAAUCUAAGCUUCUGUAUACAAGUACACAAUCUAUAUUGCGUACAGCUUCUUCACAGGGCAAUAAGUAACCUGCAAACAUCAUUAUUUAUAUCAUCUAGUGAAAUGAUCCCCAACAUUGUGCAGUGUCACUAUAUGUACAAUGUGUAGCCAUUGCAUGCUGUAACUUGAUGACUUUGUGUAGUUUUCUGUUCAUGGGCAUGUUUCAUUUAUAGCACAGGUUCUCAAGCUCGGUCCUCAGGACCCCACACAGGGCAUGUUUUGCAGAUCUCCUCACAGAAUCACAAGUGAAAUAAUUAGCUCCACCUGUGGGUCUUCUAAAAUGUGUUAGUGAGUAAAUAAUUCACCUGUGCUCCUGCUGGGUUACCUGCAAAACAUACACUGUGUGGGGUCCUGAGGACUGAGUUUGAGAACCUAUGAUUUAUAGGAUUUGCUUUUUGCUUCAUAAGCACGUCUUUACCAAUGGCAAAAAUGGGAUCCAUGCAUUACUGCAUUAGUGAGAGGAACAUGCCCUUGAAAUAAGAACAAUGGACCUAAGAGUACAACCGGUGAUGCGUCAGAUAUGAGUGUUCCACAAUAAAUAUGUUGACACUCAGAACAGGGACAAUGUCCGCUUUAGAACAUCAAACCUAUCGGUAAAGCAUCACAUUAGAAGUUGUAAAGGUGACACUGUUAAAAUACUUUAAAUCGCAUUAUUAACAAGUUGACAUUACGGCCACGACAUAACCCUGUUCCCGUUUUGAGUGUGGCCAGUUUGAUUGUCGCACUCAGAACUGCAUUCCCCUGUACACAGCCCUCCUCGGUGCACCUUGCAUUACUUAUUGCCUGUCUGCUGCUCCCGUUACAGUUCUCUGCUUCCUUUUUGUUUCAUUUGUAUUCAGUGACUUUUUUUAUGCCGGACUAUAUAGUUUUAUGUAUCGUAGAGGUACAUUCUGCCAUCUGAUACCCCAAUUCCAUAUUCCCAGAGUUGUGCGUGUAAUAAAGCAUUAUUUUAGUUGCAGAAUACUAAUUGCAUGGGUUGCUAUCUACUGUAUAUAAGUUCUGUUAAACCAUUGUAUUGGUGGCGCUUCUCAUUGAUAAGGGGUCAUUGCAGUAGUGGGCAAUGUACAGAAGGUCUGUGGAUAUGUACGGAGCAGCAUCAUUAGGGUGAGGUUAGUUCCCCAUAACUUUGGUGCUGCAUGCUUCAUUGUAUGUCAAGAUGUUUCCGUAGACCUUAGUUGUGUUUUGCAACACAUAGAACAGUGUUUCCCAACCUUGCUCCUUAAGGCACACCAACAAUCCAGGUUCUAAGAAUAUUCAUUUGCUUGAGCACAGUAGUUCAAGCAAAAUAGCUGAGGUAAUAAUUAAAUCACCUGUGUUCAAGUGUGGCUAUCCUUAAAACAGGACUCUUAUAGGCCCUACAUACUGGCCGAUAUUCCUCAAAGAUAUGAACGAUCUCGUUCAUUAUUGAUCGAGAUAACGUUCAUAUCUUUGAGUGUGGAAUCACCAGCGAUGAACAAUGCGCGGCCCCGUGCUCGUUCAUCGCUGGUGCCCCGUCGGCUGUACAUGCAGGCCAAUAUGGACGAUCUCGUCCAUAUUUGCCUACACUUCAAUGGAGCCGGGUGACGGGGGGAGUCAAGAAACUUCACUCCCCCCGUCGCCCGUAUCAGCCGUCGGGCAGCUCGGCGGCGGAUCUUUAUAUGUGUAGGGCCCUUUAGUGGUGCCUUGAAUACAGAGGUUGAGAAACACUAAUCUAGGACAAGGGUCCAAUAGUUUGACACCCAACAUAAUUGUUCUGCAUGGCCUUUAUGGUAGGUCGUCCUGAUCCUUCUUUACAGUACUACUACUGUGUGUAAUAAAUGAGAAUAACAACCAUUUUUUUGAGUAUUUAAUACCUUAAGUAAUUUUUUAUAUAAUAUAUUUUGCAAUAGUAAAUUAAUAAAAGCAAAAUCUGGAGUUAAUUCUAUACUGAAUUGUGUCCAAGAUGUGAUUUCCAGUUUUAGUCUAUGUCUUUAUAAUAAUAAUAAUAAUUAUUAUUAUUUAUAUAGCGCUCUUUCUCCAAUAGGACUCAAGGCGCUUAACAGAUACAUAGCAUAAUAUAGUACAGAAAAUAAUGAAGUACAUUUUCAUAAAAUACAGAAGCAUGAAGCUAAAACAAGUUAUGAAGCGAUGACCUUGAGUGGAAUUUAGCAUAUCUGAGAGAAGAUGCUGUAAGUCCAGGAGUUAUAGUUUUGUACCAUCUGGUCCUCUGCUUACCUGGGAGAAUGUUGUGAAGGGUGAGCGACAUAUGAGGAACCUUUGCUGCACCUGAACUCAUAUCUAACACUGUGCCAGUAAUAGCAGUUUGUAUUAGGCAGAUGUCAUUGGACAGACGUGGAAUGUGGCAUAUGCCUGUUCCAAUGUGUGCAGGUUACACUCACAGAAAGGUUUGUUCAUGUCUUACCUCUCUCCAGCAUGCACCAGAGAGAGAGUGUUACAGGACAGUGUGCAGCACACGCUACCAGAGACAAGUGAAGAAACAAACUCCUGAUCUGUAUGGAGUCUAGCAAGGCAUUUACACUUGGGUGAAGCUUUGUAGUUUCAUUACAUCACAUCUAAUAUUGUGACCAGUGUCUGGGUCAGUCUGGUCACCCCUGUGAAAUGCUUUUGGAUGGGACUAUUUUAGUGGGGUACACACAGAUAGUUAUAGUUGACUACAGCUUGAAUAGACAAUAGCUGAGGUGUAACACAGGCACCUAUAUGUAUCCACCCUAGGGCUGCAGCCUGUUUCUUUGCCCUAUAAUUAGUUAAAUGAAGUAAUUCUCGUAAGAUCGGUAGUUUCUGGAAAUACAGGAGGUAUUACGAUGUAUUUGGAUGUCAGUAUGUGCCAUGAAUGUGUCACAAUCCCUAGAUGCACUAGUAUGUGUCUCAGGAAAGUUUCUAUCUGCAAAAUAAUGCAAAUCCAGCAUUUCUUUAUGUCAUCAGUUCUUCUAGUUGUACAGUCUAGAUGCCAGGCAGGCAGAAUAUCAUUAUAUACAAGCCAUUAGUAAUCCUGAUGUGUAUUACACCUACGCCCUCUGUAAAAGAGCAAACACACACUGGUAAUUUGGACCUGUCUUUUACCAAGUCGUUCGCUAUAGUGGCUGCCACUAACAGGGUUCAGUUUUCUCACUCUUCCCCCAUCUUGCAGUAUCCUCCAUGCUCUUUCUCUCUUCUGCCUCCCCCUAUUCUUUCCCUCUCCCCUAUUUUCUCCCAUCUGCCCCAAUUCUCUCUCCUCCUAGUCUCUCCCUUGGCCCCAAUUCUCUCUCUCCUCCUAUUAUCUUUCUCUCUCGCCACUGCUUUAGAGCACACAUUACUUCAAUCGGCCAUGCCUUCCACCUUCUGCAGCUCCUUCUUUGGUUGUUAAGUUCCCUCGCCACCCUCCGAGGAGCACACUUGAUCUCCAUUGCUUAUCAGAGUAAGCAUCCUCUGCUUUGCCUAAGGUGAGAGCACAGGGCUGGGCUGUAUGGAGUGAGAGGUGGGAAGAGCUGCCAGGAAGCGCUGGGAAAUGCUGCUGCUGCUGCCUGCAGGUAGCUGACAGCAGGGGGCGUUCUCUAGGUGGACACCAUAUACAAUUUUAUAUAGAGCAAUAGAACAAAAAUAGAGGUCACUCUGGAACAGGUGCAAUAAACAAGGUGCAUUCAUUGUGCAAGUCAGCAACGUGUCAGACACAAAUGGCCCUUUCUCAAGCUGUCUCUAGAGUAUACUGUGUUCCAUUGGUAAAAUCUGAUCACUCUAAUGUCACCUGACUAGUUUGUAUGCCCAAAGCACUGCGUGAAAAUGAAGAAUGCUUAGAGGGAAAAAUGAAUGGAUAUAAAAAUAAUACUAUUAUUAUAAAACAUCACAAUGCAGCUAGUCGGGGUGUACCAAAAACUGAACAUGUCUACAGUGAGUUAUUAGAGUGCUCCUAACCAUGAUGACAGCAUUAUAACAAUAUCAACAUUUCCUAUGUCAUUUGCUAUGUUUCCAUUACAAUUUAAAAAUGUGACUAGGUGUUGUACAGCAAAAUGUCAUACCCUCCAACAGUGCCGAGCCGGAAACCUGUACAAAUAAGGGAAAGGGGCGUGGCUAAACAUCACUCCCAUAGGCUUUAAUAGGAAUUGGAGACUCCAAAAACCGGUACCAUAAAAAAAAAACUGUACUGUACCUGUCAAAAAGUGCAGUUGGAGGCUCUGAAAUGGUAGCAUAUACUGAACAAAAUAUUUUUUAAGUAGACCAGGCUAUUUAUGUACAGAAAGGUAUGACGUAGCCAUAAAGCUGCUACAAAGCAAAAUCUUUGGGGGUUUGGUUACUGUUAAUAUGGCCGGAUACAUCAUGGGUGGAGGAUAAAUUAUACAUCAUGGGUGGAGGAUAAAUGGGGUGGUAUUCAUGUGACCGCCGGUCAGCUGCACUCGCCCCUCCCCGCCGGGAUCCUGGCGUCGGUAUGCUGCUGGCGGUCUCCUGACCACCGGUCAGCAGUACUACACCCGAUAAAUGAUACAUCAUGGGUGGAGGAUGAAUGAUACAUCAUGGGUGGAGGAUAAAUGAUACAUCAUGGGUGGAGGAUGAAUGAUACAUCAUGGGUGGAGGAUAAAUGAUACAUCAUGGGUGGAGGAUGAAUGAUACAUCAUGGGUGGAGGAUGAAUGAUACAUCAUGGGUGGAGGAUAAAUGAUACAUCAUGGGUGGAGGAUGAAUGAUACAUCAUGGGUGGAGGAUGAAUGAUGCAUCAUGGGUGGAGGGAUACAUCAUGGGUGGAGGAUGAAUGAUACAUCAUGGGUGGAGGAUGAAUGAUACAUCAUGGGUGGAGGAUAAAUGAUACAUCAUGGGUGGAGGAUGAAUGAUACAUCAUGGGUGGAGGAUGAAUGAUACGUCAUGGGUGGAGGAUGAAUGAUGCAUCAUGGGAGGAGGAUAAAUGAUACAUCAUGGGUGGAGGAUGAAUGAUACAUCAUGGGUAGAGGAUGAAUGAUACAUCAUGGGUGGAGGAUCAUGGGUGGAGGAUGAAUGAUACAUCAUGGGUGGAGGAUGAAUGAUACAUCAUGGGUGGAGGAUGAAUGAUGCAUCAUGAGUGGAGGAUGAAUGAUACAUCAUGGGUGGAGGAUGAAUGAUACAUCAUGGGUGGAGGAUAAAUGAUACAUCAUGGGUGGAGGAUGAAUGAUGCAUCAUGGGUGGAGGAUGAAUGAUGCAUCAUGGGUGGAGGAUGAAUGAUACAUCAUGGGUGGAGGAUAAAUGAUACAUCAUGGGUGGAGGAUGAAUGAUACAUCAUGGGUGGAGGAUAAAUGAUACAUCAUGGGUGGAGGAUGAAUGAUACAUCAUGGGUGGAGGAUGAAUGAUACAUCAUGGGUGGAGGAUAAAUGAUACAUCAUGGGUGGAGGAUGAAUGAUACAUCAUGGGUGGAGGAUGAAUGAUGCAUCAUGGGUGGAGGGAUACAUCAUGGGUGGAGGAUGAAUGAUACAUCAUGGGUGGAGGAUGAAUGAUACAUCAUGGGUGGAGGAUAAAUGAUACAUCAUGGGUGGAGGAUGAAUGAUACAUCAUGGGUGGAGGAUGAAUGAUACGUCAUGGGUGGAGGAUGAAUGAUGCAUCAUGGGAGGAGGAUAAAUGAUACAUCAUGGGUGGAGGAUGAAUGAUACAUCAUGGGUAGAGGAUGAAUGAUACAUCAUGGGUGGAGGAUCAUGGGUGGAGGAUGAAUGAUACAUCAUGGGUGGAGGAUGAAUGAUACAUCAUGGGUGGAGGAUGAAUGAUGCAUCAUGAGUGGAGGAUGAAUGAUACAUCAUGGGUGGAGGAUGAAUGAUACAUCAUGGGUGGAGGAUAAAUGAUACAUCAUGGGUGGAGGAUGAAUGAUGCAUCAUGGGUGGAGGAUGAAUGAUGCAUCAUGGGUGGAGGAUGAAUGAUGCAUCAUGGGAGGAGGAUAAAUGAUACAUCAUGGGUGGAGGAUGAAUGAUACAUCAUGGGUGGAGGAUGAAUGAUACAUCAUGGGUGGAGGAUGAAUGAUACAUCAUGGGUGGAGGAUGAAUGAUGCAUCAUGGGAGGAGGAUACAUCAUGGGUGGAGGAUGAAUGAUGCAUCAUGGGUGGAGGAUGAAUGAUGCAUCAUGGGUGGAGGAUGAAUGAUACAUCAUGGGUGGAGGAUAAAUGAUACAUCAUGGGUGAAGGAUAAAUGAUACAUCAUGGGUAGAGGAUGAAUGUUGCAGGUUUGUAGUUUGUUUUGUUUUUGGGGUGUCUUCAUAUAUUUGCCCAGUUGUUCCCGAACUGUCUAGCACCUAGAGCAGCGGGGGCCAACCUGUGGCUCUUGAGCCGCAUGUGGCUCUUUCUUUAUUCAAAUGUGGCUCCCAACACUCUAGAUCAUGUGACCACAACAGAUACAGAAAGCGCUGCACUCCAGCCAGACACGCAGCAGCACUACAGGGACUGAAAACUGAAGGAGCCAGAUACUAGAGGUAAGACACCCACAAGCAAACAGAGGACACAUUAGGGACUGCUGCAAUGGCAUGAGUUGAUGGGGAAGGGGGGCUGUAGUGAUACUUGAGGGUGGGCUAGAGAGUGACACAUGGCAGAGCUGGCUGGAGAGACACAGGAGGGUUCUGAAAGUAGUGACACAUGGGAGAGCUGGCUGGAGUGACAUAGGAGGGUGGUAGCAGGAGUGACACAUGGGAGAGCUGGCUGGAGUGACAUAGGAGGGUGGUAGCAGGAGUGACACAUGGGGGAGCUGGCUGGAGUGACACAGGAGGGUGGUAGCAGGAGUGACACAUGGGAGAGCUGGCUGGAGUGACAUAGGAGGGUGGUAGCAGGAGUGACACAUGGAAGAGCUGGCUGGAAUGACAGGAGGGUGUUGGUAGGAGUGACACAUGGGGGAGCUGGCUGGAGUGACACAGGAGGGUGGUAGCAGGAGUGACACAUGGGAGAGCUGGCUGGAGUGACAUAGGAGGGUGGUAGCAGGAGUGACACAUGGAAGAGCUGGCUGGAAUGACAGGAGGGUGUUGGUAGGAGUGACACAUGGGAGAGCUGGCUGGAGUGACAUAGGAGGGUGGUAGCAGGAGUGACACAUGGGAGAGCUGGCUGGAGUGACAUAGGAGGGUGGUAGCAGGAGUGACACAUGGGAGAGCUGGCUGGAGUGACACGGGGGAGCUGGCUGUAGUGACAUAAGACGGUGCUAGCAGGAGUGACACAUGGGAGAGCUGGCUGGAGUGACAGGAGGGUGUUGGCUGGAGUGACACAUGGGAGAGCUGGCUGGAGUGACACAGCAGGGUCUUGGCAGUAGUGACACAUGGGAGACCUGGCUGGAGUGACACAGCAGGGUCUUGGCAGUAGUGACACAUGGGAGAGCUGGCUGGAGUGACACGGGGGAGCUUGCUGGAGUCACAUAGGAGGGUGCUAGCAGGAGUGACACAUGGAAGAGCUGGCUGGAGUGACAGGAGGGUGUUGGCUGGAGUAACACAUGGGGGAGCUGGCUGGAGUGACACAGCAGGGUCUUGGCAGUAGUGACACAUGGGAGACCUGGCUGGAGUGACACAGCAGGGUCUUGGCAGUAGUGACACAUGGGAGAGCUGGCUGGAGUGACACAGCAGGGUCUUGGCAGUAGUGACACAUGGGAGAGCUGGCUGGAGUGACACAUGGGGGAGAUGGCUGGAGUGACACAGGAGGGUGCUGGCUGGAGUGACACAGGAGGGAGAUGGCUGGAGUGACACAGGCGGGUGCUGGCUGGAGUGACACAGGAGGGUGCUAGCAGGAGUGACACAUGAGAGAGCUGGCUGGAGUGACACAGGAGGGUGCUGGCUGGAGUGACACAGGAGGGUGCUGGCAGGAGAGACACAUGAAGAGCUGGCAGGAGUGACACAGGAGGGUGCUGGCAGGAGUGACACAUAGGAGAGCUGGCUGGAGUGAUACAGGAGGGUGCUGGCAGGAGUGACACAUAGGGGAGCUGGCUGGAGUGACACAGGAGGGUGCUGGCUGGAGUGACACAUGUGGGAGUUGGCUGGAGUGACACAUGGGAGAGCUGGCUGGAGUGACAUAGGAGGGUGCUGGCUGGAGUGACAUAGGAGGGUGCUGGCAGUAGUGACACAUGUGGGAGUUGGCUGGAGUGACACAUGGGAGAGCUGGCUGGAGUGACACAUGGGGGAGCUGAAGUUUAUUAUGUAAAAGUGGCUUUUUCAAUGGAUUUGGCUUUAAAAGAUGUAUUUUAUGUCGUUCUGGCUUUUUCAAUGUAUUUUAUACCAGGGGUGUGGUCUACAUUCCAUUUUUGCAUGCGCGCCAUUGGCUCGAUGUCGGCUCUUUGUGACGUACCUAACAAGGUUUUUUGGCUCUUUGUCACUGACUGGUUGGCCACCCCUGACCUAGAGUAUCAGCCUUUUUAUUUUUUUUCACAGCACCCCUGGGCAAUUCUGCAAAAAUAGUUAAAUGAAAUAAAUUGUCCAUAGCAGUCAUCCAUAGGGUCAGUUACGUGGUGGUGGACAGGGUUGCACUUCACAUAUUUUAUGAUUGGCAGCCAUCAGCUCUGGUUUUGCCUAUCACAAAUAAUUUGAUUUGGUCCUGGACCACCAACCCGUGGCACCUCAUGUUAGCAUUGUUAACUGUAUACACCACUGUGGGACAGUUUCCAGAUGUCUGGGUGAGCUCAGUUUCUUACAGACAGGUAAGUCAGGCAUACACGCCAAUGGCCUAUUCCUUUCAGCAAAAACAUUGUAACCAUCAAUGUCCUUCUUUCUUAGCAGCAUACAGUAUGCAGACCUUAAAUGUAAUAAAAAAUAAAGUGACAGCUACCAGGUCUCCUGCUUAUUGUCAGAAACUGCAUGCCAUAUUGGGGCUGAUUCACAACUAGGAGCAAAGCAAAAUAAAACCAAGUAACUGCACCGGGUAAGACCUUGCUAUACUGCAGGUGGGGCAGAUGUAACGUGCAGAGAGAUUUAUAUGUGAGAGGGGAGUGUCCAAACUGAAAUCUAAGCAGUGUAAAAAUAAAACAGCCAAUAUUUGUUGGCUACAUGUAAAAGUAGCCAGAAUUUACCCUGCAUGCAAAAAGAAAUAAAUGUAUAUGUAUCCCUUGUAUUGCGUCUUGGAUAGUCCAGGUGCAAAGUCAUUUAUUUAUUUAUUUAUUUAUUUAUUUUGCUCCCAGCUCAGAAUCAGCCGCGUUUUGUAUAGUAUGUAUGUGACGCUGCUCCACUGGGGAAAGACUGCAGUGAAACAUAAAACAUCUUUUGUUUGUACAGUGAUGCAUGAUAUUUUAUGCGGAUCUGGCACUCAGGGUCGACACCACUUAGGUCGACAUCUCAAAUAGGUCGACAUGGAAAAAGGUCAACAUGAUUUUUUUAUGGGGUUUCUCCGGAAUGUGACCGGGAACCCCAGUUAGUGCAUCGUGUCCCCUUGCAUGGCAAGCGAGCUUCGGGCAAGGUUACCAUUCCCAAUUGUAAUCCAUGUUGAUCGUAAAGUAUGAAAUAGUUCAAAAAAUUUAUUAAAAAAAUGUGGAAAAACUCAUGUCGACCUUUUUCAAUGUCGGCCUUUUGUCCAUGUUGACCUAUUUCAGGUGUCGACCUUAUUGGUGUUGCCCUGGAGUCCGGAUACCAUUUUAUGCCAUAUACAUUUAUGCUAAUAACAACAAGCACUUGGAUGUACUGUGGCCGUAGCAGAAUUCUGUCCACUACUUACAAUUAAACAUCCGUUUCGCAUGUCUGCUGUACAACAUACAUGUGCAGUAUGCAAUCCGUGUCUCUCCAGAUCAUAUGACAUUAAACCUUUAAAGUUCAAUCACGCAUUCACUGGGGAAAACAGGUAGAAACGCAUGAAAGCCAACCUUUGCUUCAGCGGUGUGUCCGCCAUGUCCUUAUCAUGCCCCUAGCUUUUACCAGUACAUUCUAUUGUAAUGGGAGCAGGCGUUAGCGCCUGAGAAAUAGGUGCUGCAUUCUAAUAUUUUAAAACUAGCAUUACUGAUAUAACAGCAAUGUUGGAUUAUUGACUUGUAUUUGUUCUUUUCUCUUAUUAGCUUUUCCUGCAUUUAUAAUUGUGUGAAAAGGUAGGUGCGAGCCCUUAGGUGUCCUCUGCUGUAGAGAAAGGAUCUGCAGAUUGGAUAUGACCUUUUAUGCUGCUUUGUGGUAGACAGUGCAAGUUAUUAACCUGCCUACUUCGGUGUCUGAGUUUGUAUCCAGUGUUUCAUGUGAAGUGCUCGGAGCUCUAUAGUACUAAGGAAUAAAACACAGCUUGGCAGGCAGCCAAUAAUCAUUUGUUUUCAGGUGUGUACACGGUGAGAUCCUUGCUAUGCCCAAUAUUGACUAUGCGAUUUCCCUUGAACUUCCCCAGGGCCCAGAUAGCACAGAUUGUGACUAUCUGUAUUUUCGAUUGUGACUAUACUUUAGAUAGUACACUAAAUAGUCAAGAUUGACUUGCCUGCACAGUGUAUCUAGCCUUAUGAUACCGACCCCCAGGAGCGCGCAUCGGGAUUGAAUCUGUAUCGCAAACUGCCCUAAACCUUGAGAAAUGCACUUUAACUUUCCUUACAGAUUUAUCUCCCCGUGUGUACACACCCUUAGUUACAGUGAUGGAGCUUUGGGCUUCUCUACAACAGUAAUGGUGAAGUGCUGUUUUUCAGCCAUAAGACCAGCUACUCACUGGUGCUAAAAAUCAUGCUCUUACCGGAAUGUUUACUGUAAAUACAUGGAAAUGGGUAUACAGCUUAGUGGCGCCAAUGACUGCUUGCAGUCAUGACCAGAAUGCUGCCUGCGCUAUCAAACGCCCCUCCCCCACACACCACACACACACGCUUCAUGUAGAUAUUGCACUGUGCAUGGCAAAUGGCAUAACACAGCAAAUUACAGCUUGUUACAACUUUCAGGGUAGCAAUAAAAGAAAACGGAUAGUAGAUGGGCAUACUAAUUAGUACAUUUCUAGCGUUGGCUAUGUGUGACCUGUGGUCAGGAGAAUACCAACGGCGGAAUCCUGGCUGUUGGAUGGCCGGCGGGGGGAGCGGAACGAAGCUCAUUGCAGGCUUGCUGCGCUCGCCACAGGUUAUGUUCCCACUCUAUGGGUGUCGUGGACACCCAUGAGUGGGAAUAGUCCCUGUUGGUCAGCAUGCCAACCAUCGGGAUUUUCAGAUGCUGGAAUUCUGGCAUCGGUAUUGUGACUGCCAGUCUCCUGAUCGCCGGUCACACAAACUUAACCCCAUUUAUAUUGCAGUAGAAUUUUAUUUCAAAAUUGAAUUGAACUUUGAUGACAUUUCUUUAGUUUCUACUAACAUUACAGAGCCAGGGUUGGAGGGAGUAAGUGUCACCCGCAAGUGGGGUUGUUGCCUUAGCAACCAAUCGGAUUGUUUCGAUCAUUUUCUAGAUUGCUCUACGAUAGGUAGAAUCUUCUUUGUGUAAUCUACCCCUUGGUCUAAUUCAUUUGCACUCGUGCCAUGUUAUGGGCAGAACAAAAAAAGGCAGCCAAGAUUCUGCCUAAGUAUGACUUCACUAGGAGCUAGUGACAUCACUGAGGCAUGAGGCGCAAGGUUACUGGUCCAAGUAAAUGCUUAUGAAUAUUAAAUGCAAACAAUGGAUACUUUUAAAUGCUCGUUAGUGGUUGCUUACUCUGGUGAUGUAUAACCCUUUUAGUAUGGAAGGCAGUAGCUUGUCCUGAAGGUGAUAGCUGAGCAAUGUUACAUAUACAGACUCAUUAUAUAGAAAACAUUGUGUUGCUGUUACAUGCUUCUGCAUUAAACAUUAGUAUUUCAGAACCUUGUGCGUUCCCCUCUCACUGCCUGUUUGUUCCUCUCCCUCUUUUUUUCUGUACCCUAAAUUUACAAUUGAAACUUUAAUAUUAUUAAUUAAAAAAAAACAAACCCUUUUAUUUAGUGGAACAAUAAAGUAAACCACUUUAUGUAGACAUCCUUAUAACACCUAUCUGGAUCAUUGGUUUACGAUGCCGUAUACUAUUAAGGACCAGCUUAUGCUUUCAUGUUCUGGUGAAGAUUUGUAACCUAUCCCAAGCAGGCAUGUUGUGUAUUUUAAUAGAGACGUCAAACUCCCAUCAGCACUCCAUGUAAUAUUCCUAUUUUAACAUUUAUUUUACAUUCCAUGUUUGCUGCUAUCUAAAACUAAAAAUACGGUUUAGAAAAGUAUUUACUAUUUUUAAUGUCCAGAUUUUGAGAAGCAUGAACAAGUUUUGCUGAUUUUUGAUACAUUUAUCUGUUUAGAGAUUUAGAGAUCAAAUUUACAAAGCUCAAAUGUUCUGCGUGCAAAUCAAUAAACUUCUGCCUAUCAAA